CGAAUAAAAUAUUUCGUUAUACUUCGAGGCCAUGAACCGUAUAUAUAAAUAUUACAAUCAGUGGGCAGGUGUAGAGGACAUUUUAUCACUGCUUCAGAAAAAAUCAAAAUAGAAAGACUAUUUGAGCUUCAUUUUCCUUGUAACUCUUUCUAUAUUUGAUAAGCUCCCUCUACGGUGCGAUAAUAUUCAUAUCAAAAGAUUACUUACAAGCCGUGGUAAUCAUGCGUGUCGGGUACGCAUACUAACUUCUAAUUUUCCUACCAGAUUAGAUCAGUGUUUUCGACUGAAAGAUACGAGAAGGACGGCCUGCAUUAAUUCUUUAAAGCUCUUUAGCGUUCGUUUUCUUAGAAGAAAAUAACUUCAGUUAUAUUUGAGUGUGAGAAAGAGAAAAGGGUCUAUAAUGUCGGAGAAUGGUAGAGAAGAAUUGACCUUUCAUAUCGCUGAUUACGUCGUUUGGUCUUUGAUUCUCGCGUCGUCUAUCGGCAUCGGGAUCUACUAUGCAUGCACCGGUGGUCGACAGCGAAGCACCGAGGAAUUCCUGGUGGGCAACCGCGAAAUGAACCCGAUUCCCGUCGCGAUGUCACUUGCUGUGAGUUUCAUCUCGGCGGUGACGUUCCUAGGCACGACUGCCGAGGCGUACUCGAACGGAGUCAUGAUCUGGCUCCAUACGAUCGCUGUCACCGUCGCCUGCAUAUUCGCUGGUGUUUUCUAUCUGCCCGUGUUUCAUCGUUUAAAACUUACGAGUGUCAACGAAUAUUUGGAGCUUCGUUUUAAUCGAGCAUGCCGUCUGCUAGGGUCUGCCAUUGUCAUCUUAAAUAUGUUCGUCUACAUGGGGGUUGUACUCUAUGGCCCAGCCUUGGCACUCAAUCAAGUGGCAGGAUUAAACGUAUGGGGGUCUGUACUGACGAUCGGGAUGGCGUGCACCUUCUAUACCACCAUCGGCGGAUUAAAAGCUGUCAUCUGGACGGACGUCUUCCAGAUGUGUAUCAUGGUUUGUGGUCUCCUCGCCGUCAUCAUCAAGGGGUCCAUCGACCUCGGUGGAUUCUCCAACGUUCUCCGUAUCGUAGGCGAAGGAAACAGACUAAACCUCUUCGAGAUGAGCACUGAUGUGACAGUUCGUCAUACUUUCUGGGGACUCACUAUCGGAGCAUCGUUCAUGUUUCUCUCCAUCUUUGGAAUCAAUCAGGCCCAGGUCCAACGUUAUCUCUCCUGUAGUACAGUCAAGAUUGCACGCAUAUCCCUCGCGAUUGCUGCGGCAUUGAUGGUGGUGAUAAUAAGCAGUGCCGUGACUGCCGGCCUGGUGAUGUAUGCAUACUACGCGGACUGCGACCCGAUGUCUACAGGUGCUGUGGCGAAAAGAGACCAGAUGAUCCCCUACUUUACUUUAGAUUUAUUUCGACAAUAUCCCGGAUUACCUGGCCUGUUUCUAUCUGCCGUAUUCAGUGCGUCAUUAAGUACAAUCUCAUCGGGUUUGAACGCCGUGGCAGCUGUAACAACUGAAGACCUCAUCAAACCUCUGUGGCCGGGACUGAGUGAUAAAAGAUACACACAUUUAUCAAAGUUAAUGGGUUGGUUUUCUUCAUAUUGUAAUUUGAAAAUAGAGCCUCAAAGGUACUAUUUGUUUGUUUACUGCAUGAUAUAUUACACAGAGACCAAACAUAUUGGUCGACAUGCUUUGAGUUAUGGAAUCCUUACCAUCGGGUUUGCUUUUCUUGCCUCAGUUCUUGGAGACAUCCUCAAAACGGUGCUGAACGUCUUCGGUAUGUUCGGUGGUCCAACUUUAGGACUGUUUAGUGUCGGAAUGUUCUUUCCUUGGACUAAUUCAAAGGGUGCCUUCUGUGGGACUCUGAUCGGGUUAAUAUUCUCCUUCUGGGUUGGUAUAGGGGCUCAGGUGUACCCUCCCAGUUACCCCGCCCCUUCUUUCUCUACCUCUGGGUGUACCCUCAAUAACGAUACGUUGAACCUCUACAAUUCUACCGGCUACAGCCUUUACUUGCCCGACACUGGCGUUUCGACUGUCACAGAACUGGCAACAGAUGGCGCUACUACUCUCAACAUUCGCAUGACAUCGAAGGAGGCGAAUGAUGAAAGCAGACCAGCCAUUGCAGCCCUCUACACCCUCUCCUAUACAUGGUAUGCUGUGACAUCGUGGCUAGUAACAAUCUUUGCUUCUCUCAUCAUCAGCUUUCUAACGGGUCCCUCAGAUCCACGGAAACUAGAUCCCCGUUUGAUAAGUCCAGUGGUCGAUAUCAUGUACUGCUGUCUGCCUGAGAAAUGGAAGAUUCCAUUACGAUGCGGGGUUGGUGAAGACUUUAUGCAGGGACCUGAGUAUGAGAAGAUGAACGUCUCUGGUCAGCACGGCUUCAAGGUAGAAGACCCUGUCAAGAAGAAGAAUUGGAUACAAGUCGACCACCAAUCCGACGACGAUGUCGUCGACGAGAUCGUUUAGACGAUGGCUACAUCCUACGAGACCGAUUGGCCCAGUAGACCGACAAGGCACAACAACUUCAUUGGCCUUCUGACAACAUUUUUGGGGUUAUGUUUCGUAAAUUGUA